AUGUCAGUCAAUUACGCUUCUGGUCUUUCGCCCUACCCCAACAAAGGCGUUUGCGGUCUUCCUGAAAUUUUCGAUCAGGAGGAAACUCUGUCUCGUAAGAUAACUUCUCUUGUCAACUUGAUACGCACCUCCAAAUACACUGUGGUACACACCGGUGCGGGUAUCAGCACCACUUCUGGUAUACCGGACUUUCGUGGACCGAAAGGUUCUAUUACGUUCGUUGAUUCUACCAGUAAUUUAGGUGUCUGGACAUUAGAAAAGCUGGGCAAGUCACCCGAAACAUCAAUAUCAUUCGAAGAAGCUCUUCCAUCCCCUGGGCAUAUGUCUCUUGUUGCUCUAGAGAGAGCUGGUAAGUCUUGAGUACACCUCUGGCUGAUUUUCAGGCUUUAUAAAUUAUUUAGUUACGCAAAAUAUAGAUGGCCUUCAUUUGAGGUCCGGUUUCCCUAUGGACCGGAUGUCUAUUUUGCAUGGUGACAUGUUUCUUGAGUUCUGCGAUUCAUGUAACUCUACAUAUGUCCGUACGUCAUCGCCCGUCCCAACGAUGGGUAGGCACUUCACCGGCUUCAAAUGUACGAGAAUAAAAGCUCAUGGUAGACCAUGCAGGUAGUUCUGCACUCGCGUCUUAACCUUCAUUCCGCAGGGGUAAACUUCGUGACACCAUUUUGGACUGGGAAGACGAACUCCCCUAUCCGGACUAUUCUCUUGCCGUUCGGGAAUCACGGUAUUGUUCUCUAUGACAUUCUUCUAUAGAAACCACAUUUCUAUCAACGCUGGUGUACUUCAAUUUUAAACUGACCCCAUUGCUUCUGCUCAUAUAAUUGCGUAUUUCGGAAACCACCAUUCUUUAAUUCCAGGAGUACCGCUAAAGAUAGCCAAAGUGCGCUGUCCAAACGCUUUGCUCAUUCUCAUCCGUUCCAUACGUAGGACAGUGUUUUUGAUAUUUCCAAUUUCCUUUCUUACCACUGGUAGCCUGUUGUAUUUAUGCCUUGAAUAUUUUUAGGGAUCAAUGUGAAUUUCUGCGCUCUUUGCCUGGCCUAUUAUGUUUUCUUACCUUGUUUUGCGCACAUCUUUAGGCCUUAUUCGUUUGCAUGGAUAGCUUGUAUCUGUUCCGUCGAGGAUCUUUCAAUAUGUACGCCGGGGAACUGCAUCUAGGGUCACAAGGGCUUAUACUAGCAUAAAUAAGGUUGGCAGCAGCGAGGAGGGGCGACAGAGAAUGCGGGUAGAUUGAAACAGUACUGUUUCGGGCUUACUGCGCUUUCAUUCAGUCAACCAUGUCCCUGAGCAACAGCUGGGACCAGAAACACAAACAUGCGCACAGACGCACCUGGUGCAGUUGGUUCACCCCUGGGGUCUACCAGUGGUCUCCCCAUCUGGUAUGCUUGGCUGAAUGAAGGCACAAUAAGCCCCAAGCAGUACUGUAUCAAUCUACCCGCAUUCUGUGUCGUCCCUCCUCGCUGCUCUUAUGACUUGACCGACUCCGACCUGGUAAUUUGUUGCCUGUUCAUGACCUUUGCCACCCAUACGGAACUUGUUUGCUUCGUGAAGCCAACAGAUCGGUGUGCCCCCAUUCCUGAUUGAAUAAGUAAGGUUGUUGGAGAUGCGGCGGUGUGCCAGUGAGUAAGUUGGAUAGGAAUAUAAGCUGUAAACUCUGGGGGUGGGGGGAAGGGCAAAUUUCACGAGGGAGCCAGCCCCAACACGAUGUCUUAGUUUUUUUUCGCCGAACGCGUCGGAAGAUCAUGCCCGUUUUAGUUGCAUCUAGUCCUGUUUUGUAAUAGGAUACGCCUUUAAUUCCUAAGUACCCUUUUCAGCCGGAUGCCUGACCUACACUUCCAACAACAACGGCAAAACUGGGCUUCGAAGAUGUCGUCGUUUAUCAUCUGAUGACUGACGGGCCAUAUAAAUGUUUGUGAAUCUGGACAUUGCCAGUGUGGAUUCCCUAAUAAGAACGUUUAGUUAGCCGAAUUUUUAAUGUAUGCGAUGGUAGAUUGCGGGUUCUUUGCUCCACGCCAACAUUAAUUCGCCAUAGACAUUCGAAGGUCAAAUUAGUCAUUUCUCACAAGAAACCUUCGUAUCUACGCCUUUCUGGCCUUUUUCUGCAAGCAACCUGUGUGGGCUCCUACUUAAGCUUUCUUACCUAACAAUCCCUAUCAUAGCGUCACGUAUGAAAUGACCGUCUUGAUUCGGUUUCUGGUGUUAUGUUACGCAGGUUAAGUCGCAAAGCUUAUUAACAAGGAGCGUACUCCCGAGCCCACUUCUGCGCGGUAGCCUGAGGGUUUUCCGUCGAGUGUCUGUUCGCCAACUCUCGUAAAUCACCCGGACACUAAUUCCUUAUGCUUGUUUAAUAGAAAACGACAUUUUAAAAACUGAUUUAAAUGACGUCUUAUAGUGCUUGUGUAUUUUGAAACAACCUGUGCUCCCGGUUAUUUAUUUGAAGUUUUAUAACUCAGCUUCGUACACCCUCAUAAAGAGGCCUCUUAAUACAAUACUAAACCGCCUAUGUAUCCUGUUGUAUUUUGAAGUGGCACUAGGAGACCCGACAGUUUAACCGUCUUCCGACGAUGCCCACCGUGUGUUUUACAGCAGGGUGAGAGCGGGCACGACGACUUGCGCGUGAUUUCUUUUCUAGUGGUAGUAGAUUUGCGCUAAAGCUGCGCACUCUCUCCUCCCCCACCUGAGCCCGGUGUCAAGACCAUAGUCAAGAAGACCGGAGGCGGGAGAGGGCGCAGGUGGCUGGUAUGGCCGCUCCUGCAUCCAGGCGUGCCGCCACACUCCCUGGUCCUCAACAGGAUUUUGCACAGCUAUAAAAAAGAAGGGAUUAUUGGGAUCCUAACUGGCUCAGCGUGGGUCUGCAGCUGAGCGUGACACCACACCCCCAAUAUGGUUUUUUUAUUGGUGCGCAUUCCCAAUAACGCCUGCAGGAUCCUGACCUAUCCUCCACGUUGGACCAACGCAUCUACCUCGUGGUCAUUAGGAGCAAAGGGCAUGAGGUUGGUAGGUCACAUAGACAAUCCUGUGAGCGUAUGCAAAGUUAUUCAAGUUGCAGACUUUACAUACCUCGACAUUCCCUUGAGUAAUUUCUCGUAAAAUUAUUAUAAAACACCCAAAGCACUAUUCACUAGAGCAACCGAGUUCAUGCUUUGUCAACCGAGGUGGAGAAUACGCGGUAUGUGAGUGGCGUUCGCCGACCUAUCCAGGACGGAGUACUGGACGACUCAACCUCACAGAAGUUCAUAUCUAGAGUACUUUCUCGUGUUUCAUCGGCAAUUUUUCCCGAUUUCUGAUUGCUGGUCGCCAAGCAACUGUCUGCGUGAGCUCCAGGCCAGGGCUUCGAAGGCGAAACACUGGCAUCGAAAUUCCAUGGAACGAGUAGUUACUUUUUGCAAACUUGAUUCAGGAGAUGAGUAAACGUACUUGACUGGAAGUAUAUGAGUAUGCUUCACAUCAACAGGCUUAAAUAGCCAUUCCAUGUGAAUCAAUUUUAUGUUUACAGUCCCUGUCUUUUGAUCGCUUCCACUUAGACCUUCAAUGGGGUUUUUGAAUUUCAGCAAGGCCUGUUUGCAUAUCUGCCUCGGAACGUCUUUACAGAUCUUCCCGGCUGCUGGCCUACCUUUCCAAUCCGGCCCUAGAUUUUCGGGCAAAAGAAAGCGACCGACUGAUGCCACGACUGAAAACUGCAAACAUGCAAACGUCAUUGAAGCAGAAUCUCUGCCAGAAGCCUCUAAGGUCGUAAUCGUGAAUCUCCAGCCAACAAAAAUGGAUUCACGAGCCAACUUAUGCCUACAUGCGCCGAUUGAUCGAGUUCUAUCAGAAGUGUGUAAUAAGCUUAAUGUGGCUGUUCCAAUCCCAAUGAAGACGUCUCGAGUAUUUGAGCCUAACAUCGUUCUUCGGUAGGCCCCCACAUCUUGUGUUCUACUACUUUCUUGCCUAGGGUCCAUCUCCAAACUUGUUAACUUUGCAGAUCACUAUGUAAAAUUGUUUCCUUUAUAGGUCGUGUCACGCAUCACAAGCAGGACGUCCCCAGCAUAUCUACUGGCAUCCUGCCAACGAGCACUCCCCCUCAGUAACACCGACAUGUGCCCAACCUUCGCAUCCAAAAUAUGAGUUGAAACUGCAUGAAAAUUCCUGA